AUGUUGACAGUCUUGCACACCCUCGCCAACUCGGCAGGUCUCUUCUCCAAGAACCAAACCGCCAUCGCCAACUCCUCCGCCGACCCCUCCCAAAAGAUCAACAAGGCCCUCCAGAACCUCCACGUCGUCCGCAAGAUCAUCCUCACCCAGAACUUAUCCGAGAACAACGAACAGGCUGCUCUUGCUCGUCUUGACCAGAUCCUUGACCAGAUCUCAGUCAACUCGCUCUCUGUCUUGACUUAUUCCCAGCUCCAGGAUCUUGCUACCGCCUUGACUGUUUCUACGACCUCGACUACGACCACUUCAAAGGAGUUGACCCAGAUUCUUUCGACUAUUCGCUCUUCGACUGUUACUACCACCACCACGAGAAAGGUUAUCACAAAGACUGUCAAUGGAACGAUCAUCAACGAGGACGACACCGUCUCGGUCACCAGCUCUGAGGGCCCUUCCUCAGCCGUCACCGUCGUCGAUGAGCUCGACCACCUCUCGCUCUCCGUCCGAUCCAACAUCGCCCUCGGCAUCCAGGGAGAGUCCAAGGCCAGCGCCCUUCAGUUGACUUCUGGAAACCUUGCCGUCGAGCAUGUCGCUUACGCCCUCAGUGACCUCCUCUUCGUCUACCCUUCCUCGGCCUCCCAGCACUCUUACCUCGGACAUGGCGCGGAGCAGUGGGCAAAGGCUGGACUGAGCAACGCCACCAACUCUGUCUUGGCCCCCCAGGUCCUUCAGAUGUCGACCCGUGCCAACGCUGCCUCUGCUGUCCUCGGUGCCGUUUCCUCGGCUGCCUCUGCAAAGGCCACAUCUGCCAUCUCGACCUUGGCCUCCUCCGCUGCGAUCGUCAACAUGGUCCCCAACCUGUACCAGAUUGCCCAAGCCAACCGCCCUGUUGUCUUCCAUGUUACUGCCGAGUCGGUCGAUUCCAACUUGAACGUUCUCCGUGGCGAUUACUCUGAUGUCCUUGUCGCCCGCGAGACCGGUCUCUUGUACUUGGCUUCCAACUCUGUCCAGGAGGCCUACAACAUUUCGGUCCUCGCCCACGCUGUCGCUGCCGGCACCAACCAGUCCGUCAUUCAUGUCCUGGACGGUGUUCAGACUAGCCAGCAAGUCGAGGCCAUCAAGACUGUUGGCGACCAGGCUCUUGCUGCCCUUAUCAAGCAAGAGCAGCACAAUGCAGUUUUCGCUCAGGAUGAGGAGGCCUUGGUCUCUGCGAUCGAAGGUAUCUUUGAACGUGCUUCAUCUCUUCUUGGACACACUUACAAGGCCUUUGAAUACUCUGGCCCUAAGGAUGCCGAGACCGUCGUUGUAGUCUACGGCCCCGCUGCCAACGUCGCCCACCACCUCGGUGACAAGGUCGGAGUGUUGAACAUUCGUUUGUACCGCCCAUGGUCAUUCUCGCACUUCUUGAAGUCCAUCCCCACAUCGACCAAGAACGUCAUCGUCGUCGAGCCCGUCGCCAACACCGCCGCCCACGGCCCCAUCUUCCUCGACGUCUCGGCUUCCUUCAACCUCUGGACCGGUGCCCACCGCCCCACCGUCACCGACGUCAAGUACGGUCUCCACGGCGCUUCUCUCACCCAGGGCUGGAUCAAGGCUCUCGUCCACCAGGUUCGUUCCUCCAAGGGUGCCAAGUUGGAUCUGACUUCGAUUGUUGUCGCAGAACCCGAGGUCGCUCAGGAGGAUGUCAACCAGGUCAUCUUCUGGGAGACUGCCGCCUCGACCGCCGUUUCUGCCCAUGUCGCCAAGCACUUCCACUCUGCCCUCGGUCAGCGUACUCAGCACAGCUCUCGUAUCAAUUCUUACCGCCACUCGGCUGUCAUCGAGACCCGCGUCCAGUACUCCAAGUCCAACACUACUGCCUUUGGCGAGUCUUCCUUGGCCAACUAUGCGACCGUUCAGGAUGUUGCCAUCUUGGACGAGUACAACGUUGUUGCGUCUUUGAAGCAGGGCGCUGUCCUUGUUUUGAACACCCCCUGGAGUGUGGAAGAGUUGGAGGCCAAGACCUCCGCUGCUUUCCGUUUCGCCUUGGGAGCCAAGCAGAUCCAGGUCCUUCUCAUCGACUUGAACAACGUUGCCAAGGAGUUGGGUCUCUCGGGUGCUGGCAAGACCGUUCUGGGCCAGAUCACCUUCCUCAAGACCCACUCUUCCAACUUGCAGGAUGCCGCCUUUGGUGCCAUUGCCCGCCAGUACGAGACCUCCAACAACAAGCUGCUCAACGAUUUGAUCACUUCCCUCGUCGACCGUGUCGACAAGGAGGUCAUCGAGGUGCCCCAGAACCCCAACUGGUUGGCCAUUGAGCUCGGUGAGGCCGAUCAGGCCGCCCUUGCCCUCCCCAAGCACGUCACCUCGACUGUCCGUGGUAUCGCCAACGCCUUCGAGGGCUCCAACACUACAAUUGUUGAGGAGUCUGUCUCUGAGGAAGGAGAGGUCGCUCUUGGAAAGACCUCGAACUGGCACCAAGCUGCCUGGCAGCUCAUGUUCUCCGAGGCCCACGAGACCCGCCAGGCCCUCUCUGAUGGCGACCACUCGUACUUGGUCAAGAUCACCGAGAACCGUCGUCUCACCCCCUCAACCUACGACCGUAACGUCUUCCACCUCGAGUUCGACACCACCAACACGGGUCUCAAGUACGAUAUCGGAGAUGCUCUCGGCAUCCACGGCUGGAAUGAUACCCAGGAGGUCCUCGACUUCAUCGAGUUCUACGGUGAGAAGCCCGAGACCGUCGUCAUCGUCCCCCGUGCAUUGGCUAAGAACGCCCCCGAGGGCACCGUCGCCCGCCACCAGACCAACUCACUCCUCCAGGUUCUCCAACAGACUUUGGAUCUCUUUGGUCGCCCCUCCAAGCGUUUCUAUGCAGACUUGAUCCCCUAUGCGACCAACGCUGCCGAGAAGGAACGCCUCACCCACUUGAUCUCUGCCGAGGGCGCCCAAGAGUUCAAGGACCGUGUCGACGAGACCCUUACCCACGCCGAUAUCCUUCGCGAGUUCCCCUCUGCCCACCCUUCGAUCCCCCAGCUGAUCAACAUGUUGCCCGCCAUCAAGCCUCGCCACUACUCGAUCGCCUCCUCCCAAAAGGCGCACCCCAACUCGGUCCAUCUUCUGAUCGUCGCUGUCGAGUGGACCUCCCCUUCAGGCAAGGCCCGCCUUGGUCAGUGCACUCGCUACUUGACCUCCUUGAGCGUCGGCGCCAAUGUCACCGUCUCCAUCAAGCCCUCUGUCAUGACCCUGCCCCCAUCGCCCCACCAGCCUGUCAUCAUGGCCGGUCUCGGUACAGGCAUGGCCCCCUUCCGCGCCUUCAUCCAGGAGCGCGCCUGGCAAAAGGCCCAAGGCAUGGAUGUCGGUCCCAUGAUCCUCUACUUUGGUUCCCGCAACCGUUCCAACGAAUACUUGUACGGUGAAGAACUCGAAGCCUACCACGCCGACGGACUUUUGACCCACCUCCGCCUUGCCUUCUCGCGUGACCAAAAGGAAAAGAUCUACAUUCAGCACAAGAUGAACGAGGACGGCAGCCUGUUGCACAAGUACCUUUUGGAUGCCCAGUUGAACGGACACUUCUACUUGUGCGGACCUACCUGGCCCGCUGGAGAUGUCAAGGAUGCGAUUGUGCAGAGUUUCAUGGACGGUGAGGCUUGCGCUGCGAUUGAUGCCAACCGUAUUGUCAACAAGUUGAAGGAGGAGGAGCGCUAUGUUCUUGAGGUCUACUAA